AUGCUGGCAUUUCCAAUCCAUUUGCUCCCAUUACCUCUGCUCCAUCUGUACCAUAUUUACCCUUCUUCCCAUAUCCCCCAGCCUUUACUCCAUCAAGCCCAGGUCCCAUCUCAGAAAGUACUCCAGACAUAUCCGGUGCUAAUCCAGACUCUCCACGAGGACCUGGAGGCCCCGGUGGUCCAGGCAGACCUGGUUGUCCUUGUGGUCCAGUUGGACCUUCUUUUCCGGUGGGUCCAAUCGGACCAGGGACACCAGGACUUCCUUCUGCUACAGGCCCAGGUGGCCCAGGUGGGCCACUCUCUCCUUUUGGACCAGAAACACCAGGAGAUCCAGCUGGUCCUGUUACACCAUCUAAUCCAGGAAUUCCUUUUGGACCUUGAGGUCCAAUCUCACCAGGCAAGCCAUCUAGCCCAUUAG